AUGAGAUUAGAUCAAACACGCUUUGCAGACCCGGUCUGGUGGGACGACCGAGAGGUCGACGAGAUUCUCAACACACGGACCAAUUUGUUCGGCUAUCCGGCGCCGGCUGCGUCUACCCAGAUUCUGCAGACGCAAGAAGCCGUCUGUGAAUACAGUACAAGCAUGCUCGAACAGAUCUUUGGAAACGGUCACUACUUUCGACCCUCAGAAGCGUUGGAUUGCACCACGGAAGACCCCAGGGAAGACCCAGGAAAAAACUACAGCCCGGUGAAAGGUUCAACGGAAGGUCUAGCGGAAGACUUCGCGGACUACCGGGCGAGUCACGAGCUGACGAGUCACGAAUUGACAAGCCACGAGCCACCGAGACGAGGGCCGUCAGACCCGUUUAAUGCGGACGAGAGUGGCAUCUUCAGCGAGCCCCACACCGCUUCCGAUGAGCAGUCGGUCCGGCGGAGCCGCGAUCAGGAUUCGCACCAGGACCGGGAUGGAGAGCGGGCGGGGGAUGGCUUGGCGGAACGGGGAGGUGACCCGCCUACGUGGACAGACUCGUUCCUGCAGCCUAGCUUGCUGGGAAACCCGGACCCGUCCAGUCCUCGUGAACCCAUGACUCGCUGUCCGCAGGUCGUGGGUUCGAGUCCCGCCGGUCCCCCGUCCGCAAGGGUCAGCGUGGCCUCCGUGGUCUACCUCGCGGGCCCGCCUUCCAUCGGAUUCUUCAACCCUCGACACGACCACCCCGCCAUCCUCUCCUCUGGCUCCUCCUCUGGACCGCCCCGUCCGCUCCCGGGCUCGCCCUACGACACGCACGGCUCGGCCACCACUCCCAGUGGAAAGUCCAGGAUGGAAUUCAAACCCGGUACCACCCACAGUGAGUCCCACACCCAUCCCAUGACACGGGCACUGUGUAGCACACACUGA